AUGCUUCGUGUUUUCUUCACAAUAUACCUCCUCCUUCUAUGCAAAGUCCUCGCUAGCUGGGGCACCGGUGGAUGGGGUCACGGCUGGAGGGAUAGAAACCACAGCAGCAAUGGCUGGGGUGGUUGGAGAGGAUGGGGAAGCCCGAGAAUCACACAGGGAGGAGCAAGUCUAGGAACACCACCCGCGGAUGAGAGUUCCAAGACGCUGAGUCCGCAAGAAGUUAUCAUCCCACAGGGUGCUGCGCAGACGGCUAGCCCCCAAGAGGUUGCUGUGCCUGUCGUUGCUACACAGGACAACACCAUCGAAGUACGGAGUCACCAACCCGAGAAGCCAACUGCUAUCCCGGGAGAGAAAGAUGAAAAAUGGGCAGGCAGUUUCUGGUCAGCUGGGAGCUGGUGGAGAGGUCCUCCCUGGGGCAGGGGAAGACAUGGAAAACACAACAGACCAGAGCAUGACAGCCAGCCGACGGGAACCGCAAAAGCCAUUCCUGCGGCUCCUUCACUCUACACCAACACUUCCACCGCGGCUACAAACACCUCAACCGCGUUCACGAACACUUCCACCGCGCUCACGAACCAGACUGUCAACUUUACAGCAACUGCUACGGAAACGGAAGACACUGCAUCGAUCUUGACACUGACCCUAGAGACCGAAACUCCUGUUCUGAUAGUCGACGAGUCCGAUGCCGUCAGCAGCGAUGCCGCCCAAGAAACAGCCGACUUGUCCAACAAAGAGCGCCGUGCUCUCAACCUCCUGCCCAUCGUCCCUCUCGUAGUCACCCCAGUGGUCGCCAUUCCUGGCGUCACCCUCACUGCCAGCGUGGGGUUGGCACUUCAGACCUCUGCCGGACAGCUACCCGUCAGCUUGGGCCUCUGUAUUGGUCUGAACCAGCCGGUCGGCUGCCCGGGCAACCCUGCGCCGGCAGCUACUUCCACUACUUCUCACAGCACAGCUGCUGCAAGUGUACAGCCAGUGGCGAAUCCCGCGGUUUUGAGCCCGAGUAUUAUAACAACAACGCGCCUUACCAGUGUUGUUGCGCAGAUCGGCUCCCAGACCGUGACGGUUCCAGCCAUCAUCGCCAGCCAGUCUGUGACAUCCGUGGCGGUUCCUGCAGCGAGCGUCUCGCGGACGACGAGCGGCAUCGGUCUCCCACUGACUUCGCAGGUCUCGGCCGUCCUCGCGGCCCCGGUCUCGGUGGUGACGGCGCUCCUCGGCGGCCUCGGCGGCCUGGGAGGCCUGGGCGGCCUGUUCCCCAACCCGGCGCCCACCACCGCGGCGCUCCCGACCACCAACCCGGCGGCGCUCGCCAGCCUGGUCAGCUCGCACGUGUCCGUACUCUCGGCUAGCAUCUCGAGCGCCGGCGGCCCCGCAGCUCUGCCGACGGGCCUGCUCCCGACGCCCGUGGUGCCCCCCGCGCCUGCGGUCACGACCCCGAUCAGCUCUAUCGUGGCAGACAUCUCCCGCGCGCUGUCGGCCGCCACCUCGCUGGUGGGCGGCCUGACGUCGCUGUCUGCGCCCGCCAGCAUCGCCACGGCGCCGCCCGUCAACCCGACCAGUCUCGCGGUCGUGUUGAGCUCCCACCUCGGCAGCCUCUCGCUGCAUCUGUCGACCGCAAGCUCGCUGCUUGACGUGGUCACGUCCGUCGGCGCGGCCGUGCAGACGGGAGCGCCGCAGCUCGGCGGUGGCGGCCUCGGCGGUCUUGGUGGUGCUCUCGGCGGCAUCCUGUCGUCGGCCGCGUCCGUGGUUGGCAACAUCGUCCCGACCGCUGCCCCAGUGCCUGCUGUUUCUGGGAUUCUGUCGGUGGGAGCAUCCAUCGGUGGUGGCGGGGUUUCCGUCGGCGCAAACGUCCUCCCCACUGGACUGUCGGUUCCCGGGGUUCCUGUUGCUUUACCUUCUGGAACGCCCCUGGUGGGUGCCACUGUCGUUCUCGGCGGUGGCACCAUCCCAACCGGAGUAUCGGUCCCCGGGGUUGGAGCGCUGCCGGUAACCACUUCGUUGCCGCUACCUGGGGGUGGUAUAAUCCCGACUGGGGUUUCUAUUCCGGGAAUCGGUCCCGUACCGGUGGUCACUUCGUUAUUGGGUGCUGGCGGUAAUAUUAUCCCAACUGGGGUAUCGGUCCCCGGGGUUGGUGUUUUACCCGUUGCAACCUCGCUGCCGUUAGGAGGUGGUGUACUCCCAACCGGGGUAUCGGUCCCUGGGGUUGGCGUGCUGCCAGUUACGACUGCGCUACCGUUACCUGGGGGUGGUAUAAUCCCGACUGGGGUAUCCAUUCCAGGUAUUGGCCCCGUACCCGUGGUCACUUCGUUAUUGGGCGCCGGCGGUAAUAUUAUCCCAACUGGGGUUUCGGUCCCUGGGGUUGGUGUUUUGCCCGUCGCGACCUCGCUGCCGUUAGGGGGUGCUAUAGUUCCAACUGGGGUAUCGGUCCCUGGGGUAGGCGUGCUGCCCGUCACGACUGCGCUACCGUUACCUGGGGGUGGUAUAAUCCCGACGGGCAUUUCCAUUCCAGGCAUCGGACCCGUGCCGGUAAUUACCUCGCUAUUAGGUGCCGGCGGUAACGUUAUCCCAACUGGAGUAUCUGUCCCUGGGGUUGGUGCGUUGCCCGUCGCGACCUCGCUGCCGUUACCCGGGGGUGGUUUAGUCCCAACUAGCCCGACCGGAAUACCAAUCCCUGGGGGUGCUACAGUUCCAACUGGAGUAUCGGUCCCUGGGGUUGGUGUGCUGCCCGUCACGACUGCGCUACCGUUACCUGGGGGUGGUAUAAUCCCGACGGGCAUUUCCAUUCCAGGUAUCGGACCCGUGCCGGUAGUUACCACGUUAUUAGGUGCCGGCGGUAACGUUAUCCCAACUGGAGUAUCUGUCCCUGGGGUUGGUGCGUUGCCCGUCGCGACCUCGCUGCCGUUACCCGGGGGUAAUAUAAUCCCGACCGGUUUAUCAGUUCCUGGUGGUGGUAUAGUCCCAACCGGGGUAUCGGUCCCUGGGGUUGGUGUAUUACCGGUAGCCACCUCGCUAUCGCUACCCGGGGGUGGUAUAAUUCCGACCGGUAUUUCUAUUCCAGGUAUAGGACCCGUGCCCGUGGCUACUUCGCUGCUGGGUGCCGGUGGGAACGUUGUCCCGACCGGAGUAUCUGUUCCAGGAAUCGGUGUGCUCCCCGUUACGACUUCGCUGCCGUUACCUGGUGGUGGUAUAAUCCCCACGGGAAUUUCGGUCCCUGGGGUCGGUGCAAUCCCCGUGGCGACCUCCUUAUUGGGCGCAGGUGGCAACGUUAUCCCUACUGGAGUAUCGGUCCCUGGGGUUGGUGUGCUGCCCAUCACGACUUCGCUGCCAUUGCCCGGGGGCGGUAUAAUCCCCACGGGUGUUUCGGUUCCAGGUAUUGGACCCGUGCCGGUAAUAACUUCGCUACUAGGUGCUAUCCCUACCGGAGUAUCGGUCCCUGGAAUCGGCGUGGUGCCUGUGGUAACUUCCUUAUUAGGUGCCGGGGGUAAUAUUAUCCCAACCGGAAUUUCCGUCCCUGGAAUUGGCGCGCUGCCUAUAGCUACCUCGCUGCCAUUGCCUGGGGGUGGUAUAAUCCCAACGGGUGUUUCGGUUCCGGGCAUUGGACCUGUGCCGGUAGUAACUUCGCUACUAGGUGCUAUCCCUACCGGAGUAUCGGUCCCUGGAAUUGGAGUGGUGCCUGUGGUAACCUCAUUGUUAGGUGCCGGGGGUAAUAUUAUCCCAACCGGAAUUUCUGUCCCCGGAAUUGGCGCGUUGCCUAUAGCUACCUCGCUACCAUUGCCUGGGGGUGGUAUAAUCCCCACGGGCGUUUCUGUUCCGGGAAUUGGAAUCGUCCCGGUCGUAACUCCGCUAUUGGGUUCUGGUGGCAGCAUCCCUACCGGAGUGUCGGUCCCUGGAAUCGGCGUGGUGCCUGUGGCCACUUCUUUGUUGGGUGCUGGGGGUAACAUUAUCCCAACCGGAAUUUCCGUUCCCGGAAUUGGCGCUUUGCCUGUAGCUACUUCGCUACCAUUACCUGGGGGUGGUAUAGUCCCCACGGGCGUUUCUGUUCCGGGAAUUGGAAUCGUCCCGGUCGUAACUCCGCUAUUGGGUUCUGGCAGCAUCCCUACCGGAGUGUCGGUCCCUGGAAUCGGCUUGGUGCCUGUGGCCACCUCUUUGUUGGGUGCCGGAGGCAACAUUAUUCCGACCGGAAUAUCGGUCCCCGGUAUUGGUGCGUUGCCUGUAGCUACCUCGCUACCACUACCCGGGGGCGGUGUUGUCCCCACGGGUGUUUCUGUACCAGGAAUCGGAACCCUGCCUGUAAUUACCUCUCCGCCGUUGCCGGGGGGCAAUAUCGUCCCAACAGGCGUGUCCGUUCCGGGUAUCGGAAUCGUGCCUGUGGCGACCUCUUUGUUAGGUGCUGGCGGCAACGUUAUCCCAACGGGAAUAUCCGUUCCCGGGGUGGGUGUUUUGCCUAUAGCCACCUCGCUACCGAUACCCGGGGGGAACGUGAUCCCGACUGGUGUUUCUGUACCGGGAAUCGGAAUCUUACCUGUAACGACCUCGCUACCGUUACCUGGCGGUGGUAUAAUCCCCACGGGCGUUUCCGUACCAGGAAUCGGAGCCGUACCUGUCAUUACCCCUCCGCCGUUGGCAGGGGGCAACAUAAUCCCAACAGGUGUAUCCAUUCCAGGAAUCGGAGUCGUGCCUGUGGUAACAUCCUUAUUGGGUGCAGGCGGCAAUAUCAUACCGACAGGUAUUUCUAUCCCAGGAAUCGGACCGCUACCCAUUGCUACCUCGUUAGUGGGUGCUGGUGGUAACAUUAUCCCAACAGGGGUUUCUGUCCCUGGGAUCGGAGCAGUACCAGUUGUCACUUCAUUGGCCGGCAAUCUUUUACCAACAGGCGUUUCAAUUCCGGGAAUUGGAGUCGUGCCUGUUGUGACUUCGUUGCUGGGUGCUGGUGGCAAUAUUAUACCGACAGGCAUCUCUGUGCCUGGAAUCGGAGCACUGCCCAUUGCUACCUCUUUGUUGGGUGCUGGUGGCAACAUUAUUCCAACUGGCGUCUCUGUCCCUGGGAUCGGAGCGCUGCCCAUAGCCACUUCACUGUUGGGUAAUGUUGUACCAACAGGUGUCUCUAUUCCGGGCAUCGGAGUCGUGCCUGUUGUGACUUCGUUGUUGGGUGCUGCUGGCAAUAUUAUUCCAACGGGUAUCUCUGUGCCUGGAAUCGGAGCGGUGCCAAUUACCACAUCUUUGUUGGGUGCUGGUGGUAAUAUCAUCCCAACAGGGGUUUCUGUUCCUGGAAUCGGAGCGCUGCCCAUUGCCACUUCGCUGGCCGGCAAUGUCUUGCCAACCGGACUCUCUGUCCCAGGGACUCUUGGAGUUGCUCCAACGGGAGCGCCGCUGGGGGGCGCACCUGGCUCUGUCGGGGGCAACAUCGUCCCAACUGCGGUAUCAGUCCCUGGAAUCGGUGUGGUGCCGGUGGCUACCUCGUUGGUCGGGGGCAGCGUGGUCCCAGUUGGGGUGUCUGUUUCCGGAGUUGGACUUUUGCCAGUUGCUACCACAGUGGUUGGAGGUAAUGUUAUCCCGACCGGAGUGUCGAUUCCCGGACUCGGCGUGGUGCCUGUCGCCACCUCCGGCCUUGGCAACGUCAUCCCGACCGCAGUCCCGCAGCCCGGCUUGUCCGGCGUGGCGUCUUUGGCAACGUCGCUGCUGGGAGGUCUGACCUCGAUCGCGGCUGGUGCAGUGCCCACUGGAGCACCACAGCCUGGCAUCCCAGGCAUAAUCUCUUCUUUGAACUCGCAGCUUGGAAGCCUCACGUCGCUUGUCGCCGCGCUCCCAACGGAGGAGCCUGCAGUUUCUGGAUUGGUGUCUGCAGUAGCCUCGCAGGUUGCAAGCUUGACGUCAGUUGUUAACAACAUCCCCGGUGUGACGGCCGGGGUUGGGACUCCUGCGAUUGGUCUCCCCUCAGUUGAUGUGACUGCUGUUCCCACCGCUGGAGUGCUUCCGUCCGGCAUCCCUGGCGUGGUCUCUUCGGUGACAUCAAUUUUGGGCGGCCUGUCCUCUGGUGGUAUCAACCCAGUGCCCACAGGAGCAGGACUGCCACUUCCUGGCGUCUCGGGUAUUUUGUCCUCGGCGACAUCACUCUUGGGCGGCCUCUCAUCUGCCGGCAUCAACCCAGUGCCCACAGGAAAAGGACUACCACUUCCUGGGGUCUCGGGUAUCUUGUCCUCAGCCACAUCAAUUUUGGGCGGGCUUCCUUCUGGUGCUGUCCCAGUGCCCACUGGAACAGGAGCGCCAUUGCCCGACGCCUCUGGUAUUCUGUCCUUUGCUACGUCACUCUUGGGCGGCCUGUCAUCUGGUGGUGUCAUCAACCCGUUGCCCACGGGAACAGGAGCGCCGUUGCCUGGCGUUUCAGGUAUCUUGUCCUCGGUGACACCGAUUUUGGGCGGACUACCUUCUGGUGGUAUCAACCCGGUUCCCACCGGACAAGGACUACCAUUGACAGACGCCUCAGCCAUUUUGUCCUUGGCGACAUCUCUGCUUGGUGGUCUGACCUCGGCGGGUGCAGUUCUCCCCACUGUCACUCCGCUGCCAGGUCUUCCAACUAGCCAAAUCAACCUGCCUAUUUCCGAUGCUACCCGGGUGCUAUCAUCAUUAACCUCUCUACUCGGCGGCCUGACGUCGGCGGGUGCAGGAGCUCUCCCAACUAUCACUCCGCUGCCAGGUCUCCCAACUAGUCAGAUCAACAUCCCGAUUUCUGAUGCCACCCAGAUUCUGUCGUCAUUGACAUCUCUGCUUGGUGGUGUCGCGUCUUCUGGUGCAGGAGCUCUGCCAACAGGCACCCCCCUGGCAGGUCUUCCAACCGGCCAAGUCAACCUCCCGAUCUCUGAUGCUACCCAAGCGCUGUCCUCAUUGAAUUCUCUGCUCGGCGGUCUGACUUCGGCGGGUGCAGGGGCUCUACCCACUGUUUCGCCCUUGCCAGGACUUCCAACUAGCCAAAUCAACCUUCCGCUUUCUGACGCUACCCGGGCGCUGUCGUCGUUGACGUCUCUGCUUGGCGGUGUGACGUCUGCUGGCGUAGGAGCUCUGCCUACUGUCACAUCACUACCAGGUCUUCCAACUGGACAAGUUAAUCUCCCAAUCUCCGAUGCUACCCAGGUGCUGUCCUCCUUGACGUCCCUGCUUGGAGGUUUGACGCAGUCUGGUGGUGGCAUUGCCGUCCCAACAGGCACGUCUCUGCCCGAUGUCUCGGGUAUACUAUCCGCGGCGACGUCCCUCCUUGGAGGUGUAACCUCUGGUGGUGGCUUGCCUCUGCCGACAGCGACCGGGAUCCCCACCAUUCCUGUUGGUCAGAUUAACUCGCAGCUUUCCGGCAUCUCUGGACUCUUGUCUUCGGCCACCUCCAUCAUCUCGGAGAUUACCGCUUCCGGCGUCCUCGCUGCACCGACGGGAUCUGCACUCCCGGUCGGGGCGGUCAGCUCACAGUUGGCGGCAAUUUCUGGCAUUCUCUCUUCAGCCACUUCCCUGAUCGGAGCUCUCCCCACCGGCAGCGGCGUUUUGCCCACGGGAACCCUCCCCAUCGCCAUCCCGACAGCGCAGAUCGGCUCACAGCUCUCCGACAUUUCCCAGUUCUUGUCGUCAGCUACAUCGGUAGUGGGCGGCCUGCCGAGCGCCAGCAUCGGUGCAAGCGUCGGAGGGAAUGGUGCUAGUGUUGGCGUCAGCCUUGGCGGUGGCGCCAUACCGACGAACAUACCUGCUCCUGCGGUCUCGUCCCUUCUUUCCGCUGCGACAUCUCUACUGGGAGACCUGAGCGGAGCCGGCGCGACUAUCCAGGUCACACUGCCGAACGGGGCGAUACAGAGCGUCACGGGCCUCGUAAACUCCCAGGUUGCCACCAUCACCACGGAUAUCUUGGGCGUCCCGACCGUCUUGACCACGACGCGGGAUCUCAACGCACAGCUGUCGGGCAUCCUUUCAGCGGCCACUUCUAUCCUUGGAGGCGUUUCGGCUCCGGUCCAGACGGGACAGGCUACGCUGCCGGGCGGGACGUUGCAGAGCUUGACUAGCCAGCUGGGCUCGCUAUUAGCUACAGUCACCACACAGAUCGGCGGGGUGCCAACCACUUUGACGGCCAUCAACCUGCCCACUGGUCAAGUACUCGACCCUUCCGGGGUCGCAUCGCUAGUUAGCUCAUUGCUUAGCAACCCAGGUGCAAUCCCGACGUCUGUUGUCGCUCUUCCGGGUGGGUCAGUUGAAAGCCUUACCAGCCAGCUGGGCUCGCUGUUAGCUACAGUUACCACACAGAUCGGUGGCGUACCAACCACUUUAACGGCCAUUAACCUCCCGACUGGUCAAGUGCUCGACCCUUCGGGAGUCGCAUCGCUGGUUAGCUCAUUACUUAGUAACCCAGGUGCAAUCCCGACAUCUGUUGUUGCUUUGCCGGGUGGGUCGGUUGGAAGCCUUACCAGCCAACUGGGCUCAUUAUUAGGUACCGUUACCACGCAAAUCGGUGGCGUGCCAACCACUUUGACGACUCUCAACCUCCCGACUGGCCAGGCUGUCAACCCUUCGGGCAUUGCAUCGUUGGUCAGCUCACUGCUAGGAAACGCGGGUUCCAUCCCGACCUCGCUGGCUGCCAACCCUUCUGGAGUUGCGUCCUUGGUCAGCUCACUGCUUGGAAAUGCAGGUCCUAUUCCCACAUCCCUGGCUGCCAACCCUUCUGGAGUCGCAUCCUUGGUCAGCUCACUGCUAGGAAAUGCAGGCCCCCUCCCGACCUCUCAGGUCGUCAACCCUUCGGGCGUCGCAUCGUUGGUCAGCUCACUAUUAGGAAAUGCAGGCCCUAUCCCGACUUCUCAAGUCAUCGAUCCUUCGGGUGUGGCAUCGUUGGUCAGUUCAGUGUUAGGAAAUGCGGGCUCUAUCCCGACCUCUCUGGCUGUCAACCCUUCGGGCGUUGCGUCCUUGGUCAGCUCACUGCUAGGAAGCGCAGGCCCCAUCCCGACCUCUUUGGUGGCUAACCCCUCUGGAGUCGCGUCCUUGGUCAGCUCACUGCUAGGAAAUGCAGGUCCUAUUCCCACAUCUCUUGUCUCACUUCCGGCGGGUGGGACAGUUGAAAGCCUUACCACUCCUAUUCCCACAUCUGUUGCCUCACUUCCAGUAGUUCCAGUUGGGAGCCUCACCGGUCAACUUGGCUCUCUAGUGGGCACAAUCACUACCAACAUUGCGGGGACACCCACGAUACUGACAGUCAAUCUACCCACGGCGCAGAUCCCCAAUCCCACUGGGGCUUUGUCUUCGUUGACCUCUCUCCUUGGUAACCUGGCGCCUCCUCUGCCGACCUCGCUGGUCACGCUCCCAGAUGGAACGGUUUCAACACUCACUGCCAAUCUGGGUCAACCCGUCCCUACCCUAACGGCCGUCAUCUCAGGUGUCCUGACGACUGUGGCACCGGUCAAUUUCCCCACCAGCCUACCUCUCAACCCUUCACAGGUUCUGUCGGCAGCUACCUCACUGCUCGACAGCUUGAACUCUGCCUCUGUUGCCCCGGGCGGGGCCAUCCAGAGUCUCACCAGCCAGCUCAGCUCUCUCAUCGUCGCAGCGACAAGCCAGCUCUCGGCCCUGCCGACGACCAUCCCGGCCGUCAACACCCCCAUAAACUCGCCACCAAACAUUGCCGGGCUGUCGUCUCUGGUCUCUUCGCUGCUCAGCAACUGGUACCCGAACACGGCCAUUCCCAGCGGCGUCAUCGACAGCUUCGUCACCAAACUGCUGCCCUAUCUUGGCCAGGGGCUCUUGACCCCUGCCACAACCACGGCACUCCUCCCGGGAGGUCUUCCGACUACUUUGGCAGCCGUUCCUUCGCAGGUCUCGCAGGUCUCAUCGCUGGUGACUUCCAUACUCGCAAACGUCGGCUCGGCCACCGGGGUCCCCAGCAGCGCCAUCCAGAGCAUCAUCAGCGAGCUGGGCCCGGCGUUGAGUGAAGCGGCAUCCCAGACCCUUCCGCUGCCCACUGCCGUCCCCACCCUGCCCCUCCCGACGGGCCUGCCUACGCUUGCCCCUCCCACAAGCCUCCCUGCCGUCGGCCCGUCUGGAAUCGCAUCCGUCAUCUCGUCCGUGGUUGGCGGUCUCCCCCUGGCCACGAGUGUUGUUACCCUACCCGACGGCACGGUGCAGACCGUGACAGGUCUCGUCAACCAGCCCCUCGCGACCGUCACGACCCAGAUCGGGGGUAUUUUGACAACGCUCACCGUCGGCGGCCUGCCGGGUGUCAUUUCCUCGGCUGGCUCGUUGGCUGGAAGCCUGAAUGCCCUCCCGCCGUUGGCUACUGGUUUGACGACGCUUCCUAACGGCGUCGUGCAGACUGUUACCGGUAUAUUGGGCAGCCUAACUGGUAGCGGCGGCGGCUUGCCGUUGGCAACCGGAGUAGUGACCCUCUCUGACGGCACCGUUAGAACAGUCACCGGCGUCAUCAACAGUGCCGCUGGGGGUCUGCCGCCAGUAGCCACCGGAUUGACCACGCUCCCUAACGGCGUUGUCCAAACAGUCACGGGUAUACUCGGCAGUGCGACCGGAACUGGCGUCUUGCCGAUAGCAACGGGACUGGUGACCCUAUCUGACGGUACCGUUAAUACGGUCACUGGCAUUAUCAACAGCGCCAUCGGUGGUCUGCCACCAGUAGCCACCGGAUUGACCACGCUCCCUAACGGCGUCGUCCAAACCGUCACUGGCUUGCUCGGCAGCCUAACCGGAACCGGCGGCUUGCCAAUAGCGACCGGACUCGUGACCUUGUCUGAUGGCACCGUCAACACGGUUACUGGCAUUGUCAGCGGUGCCGUUGGAGGUUUGCCACCAGUAGCCACCGGACUGACCACGCUUCCUAAUGGUGUUAUCCAGACGGUCACCGGCCUAUUAGGCAGUCUAACCGGUACUGGCGGUCUGCCAAUCGCAACUGGAGUGGUGACCUUUACUGAUGGUACGGUUAGCACGGUCACCGGAAUCGUCAACAGCGCCGUCAGUGGUAUUUUACCUAUAGCGACGGGUGUGACGACACUGCCUAAUGGCGCCGUCAGCACCGUUACCGGCAUUGUCAACAGCGGCAGUGGUAUUUUGCCCAUAGCGACGGGUUUGACCACGCUGCCUAAUGGUGCCGUUAGCACGGUAACUGGUAUUAUCAACAGCGGCGGUGGUAUUUUGCCCAUAGCGACGGGAUUAACCACGCUACCUAAUGGCGCCGUCAGCACUGUCACUGGUAUUUUACCCAUUGCAACGGGUCUAACAACGUUGCCCAAUGGUGUCGUUAGCACGGUGACUGGUAUUAUCAACAGUGGAAAUGGCAUUAUACCCAUCGCGACAGGUGUAACAACACUGCCGAAUGGCGUCGUUAACACCGUUACCGGAAUUAUUAAUAGCGGUAGUAGUAUUCUGCCAAUUGCCACCGGUUUGACAACAUUGCCCAACGGCGUCGUCAGCACUGUUACCGGCAUUAUUAACAGCGUUAACAGUAUUCUACCAAUUGCCACCGGGUUAACGACAUUGCCUAAUGGCGUUGUUAACACGGUAACCGGUGUUAUUAAUAACGGUAACAGUAUUCUACCAAUUGCGACAGGUUUAACAACACUGCCCAACGGCGUCGUCAGCACUGUUACUGGCAUCGUUAACAGUGCUGGCACUGGUAUUCUGCCGAUUGCAACGGGCUUAACAACACUGCCCAACGGCGUCGUUAGCACUGUUACUGGCAUCGUUAACAGUGCUGGCACUGGUAUUCUGCCGAUUGCAACGGGCUUAACAACACUGCCCAACGGCGUCGUUAGCACUGUUACUGGCAUUGUCAACAGUGCUGGCACUGGUAUUCUGCCGAUUGCAACGGGCUUAACAACACUGCCCAACGGCGUCGUUAGCACUGUUACUGGCAUCGUUAACAGUGCUGGCACUGGUAUUCUGCCGAUUGCAACGGGCUUAACAACACUGCCCAACGGUGCAGUUAGCACGGUUACUGGUAUCGUUAACAGCGCCGGUAACAGUAUCCUACCAAUUGCAACAGGUUUAACGACGUUGCCCAACGGUGUCGUCAGCACGGUUACUGGUAUUGUUAACAGUGCCGAUGGUGGUGUUUUACCCAUCGCAACAGCAUUAACGACAUUGCCCAAUGGUGCCGUUAGCACAGUCACGGGAAUUAUUGGUACGGACGGUAAUGGUGUUUUGCCAAUCGCGACAGGUUUAACGACGUUGCCUAACGGUGCCGUUAGCACGGUUACCAGCAUUAUUAACAGCGCCGGCGGCAGUAUUUUACCGAUUGCAACAAGCUUAACGACCUUGCCUAACGGCGCUGUUAGUACAGUUACGGGUGUUAUUAGCACCGCCGUUGGUACUCUUCAACCUGUGGCAACUGCCUUGACGACAUUGCCCAACGGCGCCGUCAGUACAGUGACGGGUGUUAUUAACACAGCUGUUGGUACUCUUCAGCCCAUAGCUACAGCUUUGACGACAUUGCCCAACGGCGCCGUCAGUACAGUGACGGGAGUAAUUGGUACGGGUGGUGGUCUUUCACCCGUAGCCACCGCUUUAACGACAUUGCCUAAUGGUGUCGUCAGCACAGUAACGGGAGUUAUUGGUACGGGUGGUGGUCUUUCACCCGUAGCCACGGCAAUAGCCACUCUUCCCGGCGGCAUUGUUACGACGGUCACUGGUGCACUUGGCAGCAGCUUGACUGGCGGCGCAUUGCCAGUCGCAACAACAGUGGUCACCCUUCCCGGUGGUGCGGUUCAGACAAUAACCGGCGUGCUUGGUAGCUUGACUGGUCUACCACCUGCCGCAACUGGGUUGACUACACUCGGGGACGGAACAGUCCAGACGGUCACCAGUCUACUCGGUAGUGUGGGAGGAGGACUCCCGACAGGUGGCAGUGUCGGCACAGCCGUACCCGGAGUAACACGCCUGACAACCCUCGGCGAUGGUACCGUGCAGACGCUCACGGGUUUACUUGGCUCCCAGUUGGCCUCGGUCACGACGCAAAUCUCUGGUCUGCCCACGACGAUUCCUACCAACGGUGUUCCCGGCAUCUUGUCGUCUGCAACUUCCCUCGUGCCAAUUCCCACGGGUCUGACGACUCUUCCUGGCGGCAACGUCCAAAGCCUCACAAGUCUCUUGAACUCUCCGACUGCUGCGAUCCCUACUGGAGUUUCCAACCUGCCAGGGCGGCCUGCCUUUGCCAUUCCCGGGCUUUUGGAGGCCAUCAACUCAAUCAUCCUCGCCAUCACGGCAAUCUUGUCAAGCCCCGGCGGUCUGAGAGAUUUGCCCAGGGACGAUGUCUCCAGGAUCAUAGGAGCGGCUACUUCGCUGAUCGGCGGUCUCACGGGCAUCUUGCCUGCACCAACCGCCGUGACCACUUUACCUGGAGGCGGCGUCCAGACCUUGACCGGUGGUGUGAUUACCAACGUCGCCAGUGUCACCACCGCCAUCGCAGGAGUCCCCACAACUUUGGUUACCAGCCAGGUCUUGAGCGUCGGCGUACCAAACACGAACCUUCCGGGGGCCGUGGCAUCCAUGACUUCGUUCUUGGCCAGCUUGGCAUCGGAGCUGCCCACGCCAACGGGCUUGACUACACUAGGUGACGGGACUGUGCAAACGGUUAGCAACGUCAUCGUCACGCAGAUCGCCACAUUGACCACGCGAAUCUCGGGCUUGCCCACCACGUUGGUCACGAGCCAGGUCAUCAGCGUCCCGCCUGCAAACACUAACCUCCAGUCAGCCAUCGCCUCGGCGACUUCUUUGUUGGGAGGUUUGACCACCAACUUGCCAUCGGGAACAACCAUCGCGACGCUUUCAGAUGGCACUCUGCAGACCUUGAGCGGCGGCCUGGUCACACAGAUCGCCACCCUCACGACCCGGGUUUCCGGCGUUUCCACUACGCUAGUCACCAGCCAGAUCAUCAACAUCCCGGUUCCCAGCCAGAGCGUGGAUUUCACCAGCCUCCUCUCGUCCGUGAACUCGCAGCUGGGGAGCUUCACAGCAAACCUUCCGCUGCCCACGGCGACCCUCACCACACUCUCUGACGGAACGGUGCAGACCGUCGGCGGCAACAUCAUCACGCAGACCGGCCUCGUCACGACCCAGAUCUCCGGCGUUCCUACCACCUUCGCCACCACCCAGCUGUUGACCGUGCCGCUGUCCAGUGUGCCGGCGCUCGUCGCCUCGGCCACGUCCUUGCUGAGCAGCCUCACUGCUAUCCAGCCCCUGCCGACCAGCGUGACCACGCUACCGAAUGGGGUCGUCAGCACCGUGACGAGCGGGCUCGGAGCGCUCCCGACGCAGAUAGCCACGAUUACAACUGCGGUCAAUGGAGUGCCCACGACCCUCACAACGGCGCUGCCAGGAGUGGCCAGUUCGUUAACCUCGCUCGUGGGCUCCCAGGCGACGGCACUGCCUGCAACACUUACCACUGUCAUCAACGGGGUGCCCACUACGAUUAUCAACUCGGGACUUCCAGGAGUAGCCAAUACAGCUCUGCCUGCAACGGUGACCACUGUCAUUAAUGGAGUGCCCACCACUAUUGUCAAUUCAGGGCUCCCUGGCCUGGUCAAUUCGUUAACCUCUCUAGCGGGCUCACAGGCAACGGCACUGCCUGCAACACUUACCACUGUUAUCAACGGAGUGCCGACUACUAUUGUCAAUUCAGGACUUCCAGGAGCAGUCAAUCCGUUGACUUCGCUCCUUGGCUCACAGGCGACAGCCCUCCCUGCAACACUCACCACUAUUAUCAACGGAGUGCCGACUACAAUUAUCAACUCGGGCCUUCCGGGUCUAGUCAGUUCCUUGACUUCGCUCGUUGGUUCGCAACCGACAGCUCUGCCCACCGCCGUCACCACCGUGAUCAAUGGAGUACCGACCACAAUUGUCAAUUCAAGACUUCCAGGAGCAGUCGAUUCGUUGACUUCGCUCCUUGGCUCGCAGGCGACAGCCCUCCCUGCAACACUUACCACCGUGGUUAACGGGGUACCAACCACAAUUGUCAACUCAGGGCUUCCAGGAGCAGUCAAUUCGUUGACUUCGCUUGUGGGCUCCCAAGCGACAGCCUUGCCUGCAACACUUACAACUGUGAUCAACGGAAUACCAACCACGAUUAUCAAUUCUGGACUUCCAGGAGCCGUCAAUUCGUUGACUUCGCUCCUUGGUUCGCAGGCGACAGCCCUACCCGCAACGCUCACCACCGUGAUUAACGGAGUGCCCACUACGAUUGUCAAUGCAGCGACUGGUCUACCGGCAACGUUCACUACUGUGGUUAACGGAGUGCCGACCACGAUUGUCAAUGCAGCGACCGGUUUGCCCGCAACCCUUACGACUGUUAUUAACGGAGUGCCCACUACGAUCGUUAACUCGGGACUUCCAGGGGUAGUCAAUACAGCUUUGCCUGCAACGGUGACCACUGUGGUCAACGGAGUGCCGACCACGAUCAUCAACUCGGGACUUCCAGGAGUAGUUAAUACAGCUCUGCCUGCAACAAUAACCACUGUGGUCAACGGAGUGCCUACUACGAUUGUCAAUGCAGCAACUGGCCUACCCGCAACCCUCACCACGAUAAUCAAUGGAGUGCCAACUACGAUCAUUAACGCAGCGACUGGCUUGCCCGCAACGCUUACCACUGUGGUCAACGGGGUGCCCACCACGAUCGUCAAUUCAGGGCUACCGGGCCUCGCCAAUUCUUUGACCUCUUUUGCUGGAUCACAGGCGACCGGUGUACCCGCAACCCUCACCACUGUUAUUAACGGAGUGCCCACGACGAUUGUCAAUGCAGCUACUGGUCUGCCCGCAACGCUUACCACGGUAAUCAAUGGGGUACCAACUACAAUUGUCAACGCACCUACUAGUCUGCCCGCCACUCUCACCACUGUUAUUAACGGAGUGCCCACGACGAUUGUCAAUGCGGCGACUGGCCUACCCGCAACCCUCACCACUGUUAUUAACGGAGUCCCUACGACGAUUAUCAACGCGGCUACUGGUCCGCCUGCAACGCUUACCACGGUAAUCAAUGGGGUGCCAACUACAAUCAUUAACGCAGCUACUGCUUUGCCCGCGACAGUUACCACUGUGAUCAAUGGGGUACCAACUACGAUUGUCAAUGCAGCGACUGGUCUACCCGCAACAAUUACCACCGUGAUCAACGGAGUACCAACUACAGUUGUUAAUUCAGGCCUUCCCGGCGGAGUUAACUCUUUAACCUCUGUCAUUGGUUCACAGGCUACUGCUUUGCCCGCGACAGUUACCACUGUAGUUAACGGAAUACCAACUACAAUUGUCAAUGCGGCAACCGGUUUACCAGCAACGCUCACCACCAUUAUCAACGGCGUACCAACUACAAUCGUCAAUUCAGGACUUCCGGGAGUAGUUAACUCUUUAACCUCUGUUGUUGGUUCGCAGGUUACAGGUCUGCCCGCAACAGUCACUACCGUAAUCAACGGAAUACCAACCACAAUUGUUAAUUCAGCAACCGGUUUGCCGGCAACAAUUACCACCAUUAUUAACGGAGUGCCAACUACAGUUGUCAAUGCGGCAACUGGCCUGCCAGCAACACUCACCACUAUUAUCAACGGAGUGCCAACUACAGUUGUCAAUGCGGCAACCGGCCUGCCGGCAGCACUCACCACCAUUAUCAACGGCGUACCAACGACAAUCAUCAACUCAGGACUUCCGGGCGUAGUUAAUUCCCCCACCGCUCUUGUGGGCUCACAGGCUACCGGCUUGCCCGCAACUCUCACCACCGUCAUCAACGGCGUGCCAACAACUUUGGUCGUCCCGCAGGGAUCCGGAGUCGUCGGCACUGCCACUUCUCUGCUCGGUCCGGGAGCUUCCCAGUUUGCUACCAUCACAACCCUGAUCAACGGCUUGCCGACGACCCUGACCUCGCUCAUCGCUGCUCAGGUCACUGCGAUACCCGCCACUCUGACCAGUGUGGUGAAUGGCGUGCCUACCACGGUGACAACUCAGCUGCCUAUUCCAGUCGGCUCCUUGACAGCCGCCGUCGGGUCCCAGGCCACCGGUCUGGCGGCCACUUUGGUCACUGUGGUUAACGGUGCGCCUACAACAAUAAUAACACAACUGCCGAUUCCGAUCGGUUCCUUGACAUCGGCAGUCGGGUCGCAGGCCACAGGACUGGCAGCAACACUAACCACUGUAGUCAAUGGCCUGCCCACAACGGUAACAACACAGCUGCCCAAUCCAAUCAAUUCCUUGACAUCGGCAAUUGGAUCCCAGGCCACUGGGUUGGCAGCCACGCUGACCACGCUCGUGAACGGUGCACCCACAACGAUAACAACACAGCUGCCUGGCCCUGUCGGUUCGUUGACAUCAGCGGUGGCAUCUCCAGCCACUAGUCUAGCGGCAACCUUGGUCAGUGUGGUCAACGGCGUGCCCACAACAGUAACGACGCAACUGCCUGUUCCAGCCGGUUCCUUGGCAUCGGCGAUCGGAUCGCAAGCCACUGGACUGGCAGCAACGCUAACCACCUUGGUCAAUGGCGUGCCCACGACGAUAACACAGCUGCCCGGCCCCGUCGGCUCCUUGACAUCAGCAGUGGGAUCGCAAGCCACUGGAUUGGCGGUGACGCUGACCACUCUCGUGAACGGUGUGCCCACAACCAUCACCAGUCAAUUAUCUGGCUUGGUUGGAUCCUUGACAUCCCUGGCCGGCUCACAAGCCACCGCCGCUGCUGGAGCCACCACCGCAGCCCCGGGCGGCGCCAACGCUGUUCCGACACAGGGACUGGGCGGUAUCCUGGAAAUCCUCUCGUCCCUCCUCGGCGGUGGUGGAUCGCCAGCGACGCUGACCGCCAUCAUCAACGGACAGCCGACAACCCUGACGAUCAACCCCCGUCCGACCGUUUCCGGCAGUCUUUCCGCCGCAGUAUCUCCUCCUUUGGCUACAAACUUGCCCGGCUCCACAGCCUUGGGUCCCAAUGGCGGACUGCCAAUCAGUACAGUCACCGCAGCCGUCACGAAUGUUGUUUCGGGCGUUACGCAGACAGGACUCACCACACAGACGAUCCCGGCGACCGGCUCGGGUCUACCCACGGGUCUACCUACACAGCUAUCGGGACUCCCAACAGGCGGCGCAGGGUCGCCUGUCCCAACCUCACUCGGUGGAGUCGGUCUCCCGCCGCUCGGAGGUCAAUCAUCGGGCGUUGUCCCUGUCGUGUCUACCAUUGUCACCCAGGUGUCUGGCCUGCCGGUGACCUUGGUAUCAACCUUGAUCCCGACUCUUCCGCUGCCCACAAGUUUAGCACCGUCUUCACUUCCUUCAGGAUCAGGAACCGCCGGAGUGCUCCCAACUUCAGCCAUUGGUGCUGUAGUUACUCAGAUAUCUGGGGUUCCUGUCACCCUGUUCCCGACUAGUUCACUGCCUACAGGUCUAGCACCCUCUUCGCUUCCUUCAGGGUCAGGAACUGCUGGAGUGCUCCCGACCUCGGUUAGUGGUGCUGUGGUCACUCAGAUAUCUGGGGUCCCUGUUACUUUGCUCCCGUCAUCGGUCAGUGGUGCUGUUGUCACUCAGAUUUCUGGGGUUCCUGUCACCUUACUACCGACCUCGGUUAGUGGCGCUGUUGUCACUCAGAUAUCCGGGGUCCCCGUCACCUUGCUCCCGACCAGUUCGCUCCCCACAGGUCUAGCACCUUCUUCCCUUCUUUCAGGAUCAGGAAUUGUCGGAGUCCUCCCAACUUCAGUCGUCGGCACCGUGGUAACUCAGAUAUCUGGAGUCCCGGUCACCUUGACCACCGCCCUGCAAAGCUUGCCGUUACCGACCACUCUUCUCACCUCUUUGCUGCCCAGCCUGUCGAGUCAGCUCGGCCUGCCGGGAGCAAGUGGUCUGCCUGGUGCAAGCGGUCUGCCUGGUGCAAGUGGCCUACCUGGCGCAAGUGGCCUGCCCGGGCAGCUUCCGUCCCUUACAGCAAUCGUCAACCCAACUUCUGUCAUUGGAGGCCUUCCCGGCGCUUCAGGCAUUGUUCCACCGGGAGGUCAACCCCAACCUGGUGGGUCCGGUCAGGUGCGACCGCCACCAAAGGUCUGUGCAAACACAGGACUCGAGAUCCUGCAGACCACCAUCCCCGUCGCCGGCCUCGGCACAUGGGUGGCCAGCGGCGCGGCUGGCUUCGUCGACGCGGGUUCCGAUCCUGCCUUCCCAUUCGUCAGCAGCACUAGCAGAUAUCUACGUCUCGUAUCUACAUCAGGCGCCACAGCGUCACUCUCGCAGUCCAUCACCCGCUCCAUCACCGCCGACACGCUCACCAUAUCCUUCGAGUGGGCAUUCCUGGGCUCGGCGACCGGCUGCACCCUGUACGCGACGGCGGGCGUGCACAGCAGCUGCGUCCGGCCGUCGUUCAGCGGCGAGCGGGGUACGCAAUCCGUCACCUUUUCGACGGCCGGGUUGGGAGUCAGCGUUGCCACGGUUGGGCAGCUGAUCAACUUCUCCCUGUCUUGUAGUGCGGGAGGCGGCUCUGGUGCUGUCCUGAUUGAGAAUUUGAGUUUCAGGGCUUGUUAA